AUGAACAAACUGUUCAAGAUAGAAUUCAUGAAUGAUUUCAACUCCUAUCGGGCUUAUGCUGAAGACAAUGACCUACAGGUGCUCUCCCUUCCUUACAAGGACGAGUCAUACGCAUUCAACAUUUUCCUACCUAAAACAAGAUUUGGUCUCAAUGCUCUUCGACCAAGGCUCACAGGAGCAAGGAUUCAGAAUUUGCUUUCUCAGUUGCAAAUCAGAUCGGUCACGUUGACAAUUCCGAAGAUGAAAAUCGAGACGGACUUCAAACUCAAACAAGCGCUCAUCGCCAUGGGAGUGACGCAGAUGUUCACUGACAACGCUGACUUGACCGGAAUCACCAAGAGUCCUCCGCUUAAGAUUUCAGACGCUACUCAUAGAGCCAUCAUCGAGGUAGACGAGGAGGGAACAACAGCGGCGGCAGCCACGGUCAUCACUGCUGUAGGAUCUGGUGUUCCGCAGCCAUCAGUGCGAUUCCUAGCUGAUCAUCCGUUUUUGUUCAUCCUUACAAAAGAUAACAAUCCUCUGUUCAUGGGUCAAUUUGUGUGA